AUGCCAACAGUAAUCCGUCCUUUAAGUAUAAUAGAACGUCUUUAUGUUAUGCGUCAAAAUGUUCUACAUUAUCAUAAUCUUGUAUUAGUAAUAAAAUUUAGAUGGGAUGAAUUCUAUAAUCUAAACACAAAUAGAAACUUUCAUACUUUCGAAUCUACAAAACCUUCUUUAUACCCUAAUAUAAAAAACUUGAACGCUGAUUCAAAAAGAUUAAUUUCACAAAUUCUUUAUCCUACCCUUCAAACUCUUCUCACAAAAUUUCCAUCAUUAUCUAUUUCUAUUAGAGAUUCUAAAUCAUCUAAUCCAUUUUUUUUGCAACUUGAUGAAAUAUAUUUAACAAGUCUUAUCAAAUUUGUUCCUCUUUCAUCCGGAAAUGAUUUGGAGAAACUUAUUGAAAGACAACAUGAUUUAAAAUUCAAUAUAGAAGAUGAAACGAAACCACUUUGGAGAAUUGUAGUCGGAGUUAUGAAUCUUCAAAAAUCAUCUGAAAGACCAGAAUAUGACUUUUGUAUCUUAUUCUGUUGGCAUCAUUCUAUAAUUGAUGAAAUAAGUUCUUUAUCAUUAAAUAAUAUCUUUAUUAAAGUAUUAAAUGAAACUUUAAAAAGAUAUAAAUCAAACACUUCAACAAGAUUAAAAAAAAUUCCUGAUUCUUAUACUCACGCUAUACUUCCAAUUCAAAAAUCUAAUCAAAACAGUGAACUAAUAGAACGUAGAAUUGACGUAAGACCAACUUUAUGUCAUUUUAUCAAGAUAGGAAUUGGUGAAUUUUUAAAAACCUUUUUAUUUCGAGAAUAUAAUUCAAAGAUAGCUGAUAUGAAUCCUAGAAACAUGGCUCACUUUCAUAAUAGGGUUAAAUUGGUUUCUUUAACAAAAGAAGAAGUUGGAAAAAUAAAAACGGUUGCAAAAGAUCAAUCUAUAUUUAAAGUAACGUUUCCAAAACCUUCACUAUUUCCAUUUCCAUCAUUUCCAUCACCAAUAACAAAUAAUCCACUUAAAAUGAAUAAUACAAAAUUUUAUUUUUGGAAUCUUUGUCAUAAAUAUCAAUCACAAAUUAUUUCUGAUACAUCAAAAUUUAAUAAUAGAAUGGGAUUAUGGGAAUUAUUUUCAAAAGAUAAAAUUUUAAAACAAAUGAUUAAUUGUCAAAAGAAACUUGUUGGUGAUGGUAAAAUUUGUUCUAUAUUAUAUUCAAAUUUAGAUCAAUUUAAUCCAAAUUUACAUUCUCCUGAUGAUAUUAUUGAAUCAUCUAGAAAUACUAUUUCUUCUAUUAAUUUUACACCUUCUUUUUCUGAUAAUAUUUAUAAUAGUGAUAGUUUAGAAAAUAUAAGUUUAGAUGAUCCGAAUUUAAAUGAUUGGAAAAUUAUGGAUAUUAUAUUUUCUCAAUCUAUGUAUUUGGUUGGACCUUCACUUAUCUGUUGA